GUUUCAGCCUGGACUUCUUUGCACGCAAACUCUCCUCCGAACGUGCUUAGGGUGACUAUAACUUCUGCUACGACGAACUAUACGCGGAUCCUGACGCCGACUGGUUCUCUGCUUUAGGAUACGAUGGGAAGACGGGGCCCAAAGAGUGCAGCCCUCUCAGGGAUCCGGACCCUCCCUCGACGAAUAUCUUCGAGAUUGAUUCACCGAGCGCACAACAGUCCACAUAUUCAAAAGACGUUAGAUCCGGAUUGUCCCGCUUGUGAUCCUUCGCUAUACGAACCACUCGCUUUCGAGUCCUCCAUUCGCUUUCUCACCUUGCGAGCAGCUAGCAGCAAGGAAACCCAAAUCGCAUGCACUCUAGAGGUGCACGAUCUCGCCAAGGGCAUCCCGAAAUACGUCGCUCUAUCAUACGUAUGGGGUCCCGCCUUUACCAAAGCCAAGAUUUCCGUCAAUGGUCAACAAUUCGAUGUUUCGCCAAAUCUGUUCGAAGCAUUGAGACAUAUACGGAGGCGACACUCUGAUCUGGUCGUCUGGAUUGAUGCCAUUUGCAUCAAUCAAGCCGACAUCCUCGAAAGAAACCAUCAGGUGGCUCUGAUGCGACGUAUUUAUUCGGGAGCAGACUAUGUGAUAGCGUGGCUUGGGGCCGCAACGCCGGACCUGGACUGGGAUGAGCCGGACGCUGUCGUCAGAGACCUUGCAUCGCGCACAUAUUGGAGUCGCGUCUGGAUCAUUCAGGAAUUCGUUCUCGGAAGAGCCGUCGUUUUGCAAUGCGGCGACAUGUGUCUAAGGUGCGAAGAUCUCGAUUGGCUUUCCGAACCGCCAGCCGUCGAAAGUCUUCAAAUGAUAAAUAUCAUUAUCAUCCGGAAGUUUUACUCUUGCAAUACUUCCGCCCUUACCUUGGCAAACGCAUUGGCAAUCGCUUACUUUUCGAACGCAACGGACGUGCGGGAUAAAGUCUAUGGAAUUCUUGGCCUAUUCAAUUCGCACCAGGUAUUGAAGCGCCUGAAACCGGACUACAAUCUUUCGCCUUGCGAAGUGUUCUGCCUUGCUAUCCGGGCUGUCCGUGAGAUAGAGUCGAACGGAUCAAGCUCAACAAUGGAAGGAAGCUCCAUCAUUUCUGAUUCCGACCCUCAGGUUACCGUGGAUCGAUUUCAUGACAGAGCAUCCUGCGAUGGGAAGUGUGGAUCUGGAAACCUCAUCUCUCUUUUGCAUGGCAUGCGAUAUAUCGGUCCAUUCAAUUGGUGCCCCAGUUGAACACACCCGAUCUAAACGCGCUAUCUGGACGUGAUCGCCGUCGGGCAGAGCGAAAAGGAAUACACAUGAAGUUGAAGCUUCAAAAAUAAUAAUCCCGGAAAGCUCUUGCGCAAGCUGCCGUUCCUUCCGAGUUCGCUGCCAACUACU